GAUUUAGCUGAUAUCUGUGUAUUACCACGUUCAUUUUAUUUUUCACACAUUUCCACACGAAACGAGAACGUCUGGGAACCAGCGUUUAUAAGGCAAUGGAGGACAUCAAGGAAAAGUUUGUUGGAACGUGGAAGAUGGUCAGGAGCGAAAACUUCGAGGAGUUCCUCGCGGAAGUUGGGGUAAAUUUCUUUAUUCGGAAAAUGGCGGCACUGGCGAAACCUACUACCGUAAUAUCUGUAGAAGAUGAAACGAUCACUAUAGAACAGAAAACUGGAAUCCGAGAUAAGGUGGAUACGUUCAAAUUAAACGAAAAAAUUGAGAAAGAGAUGGAAGGAACAAAAAUGGAGUGUAUGGUUGUGUAUGAAGAUGGUAAGCUGAAGUAUACCAAUACUCCAAUAGACCAGGAGUCUGCCGUUAAACCACAGACUGUCUACAGGGAGCGCUUUGGCGAGGAGCUACUUGUUCAAAUAGAAUGCGGGAAAGUGGUGUGCAAACGUUACUUCGAGCGAGUCACGGCGUGACAGGACACAGACAUAUUUCAACAAAUCUCGUCCAAUUUAAUUAUACAUACUUUGGACAUUGUUGUGAGAAAUUCUACGCAUAAUAAUUAGAAUAAUUAAUUGUGUUAUAGACUAUUACACAUUAAUGGUCAAUGUAUCUUUAUACCAAUACUUGACCAGUAGACAAGACUUUGUAUUUGCUAUAAGCAAGAACAUCAGUAAUUGCUUUGUUAAUGAGGAUGAAUUUUAUCCAUGAUUUUAGGCUGUUGUUGGUUUUGGGAUAUUUUUUUUUUAUUUAUUUAAUUAUUCAUCUACGACAUUAAGAAUGAAGUUUAUAUGGAGAAGAUGAAAGUUUAUGUCACAAAUCAUACCAGGGUAGUUCAGAACGUUUUCAAUAUAAUUGCUUAAUCUAGUUCAUGAUGUCAUGAAAGUAACAGAGUAGGCUGUUGUAAUAUGUUUAAUCUCUAUCAGUAUUUAGUUACGCGGUAGCCAAGUGAUAAAGGCGUCUGACAUUCUGCUUCCACUAGCCCUCCACCACUGGGUCGUGGGUUCGAAGCCUACUUGGGGCAAUGCUUAUCUAAUAUGCCAAAUCAUGUUUUAUCAUGUUUUGGAAAGAAGAAAAAAAUUGUAAGCAUGAGUAAAGAAGAUGUUUUGAAUGCUUAUUUAGAAGCCUGAAUCGGGAAUGAUUUUGAAUGAUGUUCAUUAGUUGAUGAUGUUUUUACACACAUAAUACCCAUAUUUUAUUUAAGAUUUUAUAGAUAAUUGCUGUCAUGCACAUUAAACUAAAAACUUUUGUUAACGUUAAGGAUAUAAACUACCUACCACCUUACACAUUUCCCCUGUGAUUUGUGUUAGAGUUACAGUUACCUUAAGCAUUAUACUUACAAUUUGGUUAAGAGUUAAGUAUAUAUUCUGCUAUGAUUAUUAAGUUUGAAUUGUUCAUAUCUCUUUUUUUCUUUUUUGCAAAGAUCCAGAUUGGUUUUUUUUAUUAAAGAUUAAUUCCUGCUGAAUUUGAAGUUUUGUAAACAUUGCCCUGUCAUAAAAUCAGUCUUUAAAUGAAAUGUGUAUCCCUUAUACAUCUGAACCUCAAAGUAUUAACAAAUCUGGCCCGAUAGAACUCAAUAUAAGUCUCAGCCAAUCAUUUGCCAUCGCGGCCAUCUUGAAUCCAAAUAAUUAAAGUUAGCCAGUUAAUAUAAAGUAUAUUGCCUGUGUAUCAUUAGUUCAAAACAAAUAAUUACACCGCGAAAAUGUCGAGCUCGAAAUGCAAAUGUCAGGUGCGCUAUUACAUGAUGCAUCGAUCCUGCAUAAGUUAAGUGCAGCCAUCUGUGCGUGUUACGUACAUCCUUUAGGAAAAGUUCUCUGUACAAACUUUUAACCAAGGACAGGUAGACGGACCAGAUGAUUCCAGUAUUCCCCAUAUCGACGCUACGGGCUACUUUGAAAUUCUUAAAAUUCUUAAACAUUUCAUAAAUCUCAUAUCAAAUAACAACUCGUGUAAGAUCACGUUCAUGUGAAGAAAUAUCUUUCCACCUUGAUACGUUCUAAAAGUCCUCUCCAUGGUUAAAUGUUACGUUGCAGGAUUAUUUGGUUUCAUAAUAAUAUAAAGGAUGAGUCUACUUUCAGAUAAAGGGAAGCAGGAAUUACCUUUGCAUCGACGUUUGUAUUUAACACACAAAAACACACAUACAUUUUUAGGCAAUCAACUUCACCGAUGAACGUUGUUUUACUUAAUGAAUGUUACCUUUUUAAUUACUGAAUAUCACCGGUCAAGUCCAUGUCUAAAUAUUUUUCUUUUAUUCCGGCACGUUUAAAUGUUGUUUUUUGGUGGUACAUGUAUCAGAUAAUGACAUAUUGUCAAAAUUCCAGCAGGAAUUCAUAUUGAGUAAAGAUAGUUGAUAUAAAAUUAGUCGGGCAAAAAUAUUGACAAAAAUGGAAGUAAUUUGUAUUUAAACUUCAUUUGUAAUUCCUCUAAUGAAAUUUUAAAACAAAACAAAAUUGACUGUUAUAUUCCAAAUGAAACACUAAAUAUGAGUCUUAUUUCAUGAUAGCUUUAUCAUAACGUAAUAUCUUGUUGUUUAAUAUGUGUUCUGUCUAUAUAGUUGGCAAUAUGCAAACAAACCUGAAAGAUAUUGUCCAUAAAAUAUCAUUCAGAAUUAGUAAUGAAGAUUAGAUUAAUUAAUAAAUGGUAUCAAUUUUCAAACGUA